GGCUCACUCUCAUUAAUAACUCUUCUGAGGAAAAUCAGGAAAUGAAAAUGUGUUCUCAUAGAGUUGCCAUUUUUAUUCUCUCUUUGCUUGUUUGUGCAAGUGCUGUCCUUGGAGAAGCAGAGAUUUUGAACGCAGAGGAUUUCAAAAAGGCUGUUGCUGCUGGACCUGUCUUCGUUAAAUUUUUUGCCCCAUGGUGUGGUCACUGCCAGAGGUUAGCUCCUACUUGGGACGAAUUGGCUGAAGCUUUUAGCGGGAGUUCAGUGAGAGUAGCAAAGGUUGAUUGUACCCAAGAAACUCCGUUGUGCAGUGAAGAAGGAGUCAGAGGAUAUCCCACUCUUAAGUUGUUCAUCGGAACCCAUCCGGUACUUUAUUCCGGACAAAGAGAUCUCAGUUCUCUCAAAACCUUUGUGCUGCAGCAUGUGGAGGUGGUUGAGGGAAAUGAAAUCGGUUUGGUGGAGCUGAGUGAUGAGAAUUUCAUGGGUUUCUUAGAAAAGUCCGGAAUACAAUUUGUAAAGUUUUAUGCUCCUUGGUGUGGUCAUUGUCAGAGGUUAGCACCAGUUUGGGAUGAGCUGGCCACUUAUUAUAAAUCGGAUUCAUCAGUUCACGUAGGAAAGGUUGACUGUACUCGUUUUGGUGACCUGUGUAGCAGGUAUGGCGUUAAAGGUUAUCCUACUUUAUUGACGUUUGGCGGAGGGAUAGCUCUUGAUAAAUAUGAUGGGGAGAGGACUCUGAGCUCACUCAUUGCAUUUGUGAGCAAACAAAGUGGCCAUGAUGAUGAUAAGGUUGCCAAUACUGCUAGUGAAGAUCAGAAAAAGAACAAAGGUCAUCCUCUUUCUCCCCUUGUUCUUACUGCUGAUAAUUUUGACAGUUCAAUCAGCGAAGGGAUCAGCUUCAUAAAGUUCUAUGCGCCUUGGUGUGGUCAUUGUAAGAGAUUGGCGCCCACUUGGGACCAACUGGCAGAAAUGGCUCAUGAAACAACUCAUGCUACCAUUGCUAAAGUUGAUUGUACAGCAGAGACAAGCUUAUGUUCUCGCUUUGAAAUCACUGGGUAUCCUACAUUAAUAUUGUUCUCUGAUGGCAUAAAGAAGACUGAAUAUAACAAAGCAAGAGACUUGGAUUCUCUGCUAAGCUUUCUUCAUGAAAACGAAUAGAGGGACUUCAUUUCAGGAGAUUUAAUAAUAAUAAUAAUAAUAAUAAUAAUGAUGUUGAUAAUAAUGAUGACUGAUACUAGAUCUACUAAUAUAUUUGUUGCAUAGUAGCAGUUUAUCCAAUUAAAUUCAUCGUUUCUUCAUUAAUGUCCA